AUGCAAAAAGAAACCUCAAAGCCAGAGGCAGCAAAGAGCCCGACCAGCAACAAACCCUCAAAAACAAUGAAUUUAACAGACCGUACGGCCCGCCGUCAACGCGCCUCAUACCCUCCCUCAGACUCAGACCCAACCUCAUCCUCGGGCUCCUCAGAAGACUCUAGUGAAAGUGAAAGCGAAAAUGAAGACGAACACCACUCCGAUCAAGAAAUGCGCGAUGAACCCAGAGCCACAGGGGCAAAAGUAGCUGAUUCAUCCUCAUCACUACCACACAUCGGCGGCCGCCCUAAACCGCGUAUACACCGCAUGAAGGGCGACUCGGAGCUGUUGUCGCGGCUUACUUCUUUCUUGCCGCAGAUGAAGACCGCGAAUGAGGAUUUGCAGAAGGAGAUCGAGGCUGGCAGGGUUGGAAAUCUUGUUCUUGAUAAUGCUGAUGAGAGCGGGGAGCAGUAUAUUGAGAUGGAUCUUGGUCUUGGUGUCCUGGAAGAAAAGAAAGAUGGUGAUUCGUCUAGCGAGGAUGAGGAUGACGACGAAGAGUCAAAGACGGGUACUGCUGGUGCUGGGAAUACGUCCCAAGACUUGAAGGACUCUGAUAUCAUUGGGAAACUAAUGGGAGGAAAGGGCAAGAAGGCCGAGGCCGACAAACCGUCCAUUGAGGAGAUGACGGAAUAA